AUGUGGGAAUUAUUUGAGCCUCAUUUUCCAUCUAUCAAAGAUAUUGCUGAAGAUUUGUCAGAUGAAAUCAAAUAUCAAAACUUGAAACAUUCAAUAAAAGAUGCUGGCUCGUUGAUUGAUAAAUUUGCAGCAAAGGCAAAGGUUGAUCCACUUGGUCAUGAUUUUGCAAAUUACUUGGAUGAACAUGAUCAAUUGAAAAAGCUUAGAGAUGAAUUUUCUAUCCCGAAAGCUGGAAACGUAGCACCCUGA